AGCCAAUAUGAAACCAACAUUUCCUUCACCUCGUUAUACGUGUACAUUACAGCUAAUCUCCAGCAGGCCCCGGUGAUAAAGGGACCAUCCGAGACCGGAAGUAGUGGUGACGUCACUGUAGCGGUCACUACAGGAGUGCUAUCGGUCAUCGCUCUUGUCUUAGUCGGCGUCUUUAUAUGGAGGAGGUAUCACAGACCAAGAGGUCAGGGUACUAACAUAGGAAUACAGAAUCCGAUGUUUAAUGCUAAGGAAAUGAACACAUACGAGAUCAUCCGUAGGUCACAUCCGGAAGUCAACAUGUACGCCGAUUUAACCCCCCUGGACGUCACAAAAAUUCAAGACAAUGCAGUGUAUUACGACACAGCCAAACCUUUCGAGGAAAAUAGCAUGUACUUGCCUAUACAGGAAUUCACAAAGGGGGAUGAUUCCAGGGAUACCCGAAAUUCUCGAAUUUCUCGGAUGUUUAGUCAUACUGAUUAUGACGUCAUACCGGCUAAUGAAGACCAAAGUGCUGAAGUGGGACAACAGAGAUAUAUAGUAGAUGACACAUAUCUAGUGCCCAGACCGUCCGUGAAGAAGCAUUAAAACUAUUUGAUGAAUAUGUUUUUUUCUGUUCUCGGAUUAUGAUCUGAUACUUUUAAAAAAAGGAUUACAGCGAAGCGAGAUUCGAUCAAAAAGACGAUAAAAUGCUCUCAAAAAAUAAGAAUUAAUUUCUUACAUACAUUUUGAAUAGUUUUUUGGACAAUUUGUUUAUUUUAUCGAUGAAUAAAUUAAUUCUUUUUAUAGGACAUUGCAGUGUUAUUGGAGAAAACAAAUGUAUCUUUUAAAGUUUACUCAUAAGCACACAUCUCUCAAGGUAUGCAAAUGUGAUUCUGCGAUGCAUUUAAAAGGUAACAAACUGUGUCGGUAUUUACUCGGCAAUUUCCAAGCGCCAUGGAAAUGCUUGCUAUGAAUAUAUUGUAAGAUAUUUGGGUACCAGACAAAACCAUUGCUUUAAGUUGGUCCAAAAUUAAAAUCAAGAUUUUUUAAAUCAUUGACAGCUGCUUUUUCAA